UAUUUGAAGCUAAACUUUUAUUGAAAAUUUACACGGAAACUUAAUUUAAUAAUAACGACCAGAAACACUAUUGUUUAGAAAAUUUGAAGGGGCAGCAGGAGCUCUUGUCAGUGAGAUGAGUUUCCCUUUAACAAAUCCCAAUAAGGAGUCGGCUAGGGCAGCUUGUAAAAAAUGUGGUUAUGCCGGGCAUCUAACAUUUCAAUGUAGAAACUUUCUCAAGGUCGAUCCAAAUAAGGAAAUUUUAUUGGAUGUGGAAAGCACUAGUUCUGAUUCUGAACUAGACUACUUGACACCUUUGACUGAAUUGCGCAUGAAAGAGUUGAAAGAAAAGGAAGCAGAACUACUCAGCAAACACAAAAAGUCUUCAAAGUCUACUAAAAAGAAGAAAUCGAAGAAGAAAAAAUCCAAACGCAAGAAAAGCCAUAAGAAAAAACAUGGAAAAUCCAAAAAACACAAGAAACGUUCAUCAACAGAAUCCUCAUCGUCUUCAUCAACCUCUUCCCUAACCUCGUCUUCCUCCACCGAUGAUUCCACCGAAUCAGACUCUAGCGAUAAUGAAGAGUCUUCCACUAGCGAGUCAGAUGAAACGGGACGCAAGGUACGCAAGAAGGGCAAGUACAAGCGUAAAGCCUCAGAUACUCCGGUAAUGAGACGCAAGAAAUCUAAAGUAAAGCGCAGACGUUAUAAGACAAGCGAUACCACCUCCGAUUCAGAAGAUGAUUCUUCUUCGGCUUGAUUAAAGACACGUGGAAUAGCAAAUAUUGUUUUUUUUAGAAUAUGAAGUUGUCAGCCAGAACAGGAGUCUUUUGUUUAAGGAAUUAUAUUGAAAAGUUCUCAAACAUUUUAUAUCAGGUAAAAAAGAAUGAAAAAUAAGAAACAGCAUACAUUUUCUUUUUGUAUAGCAGUUUGCAAAAAAAAAAUUAAAACAAGUCUUCAAUCAUUUUAGUUGUAAUUAAAGAAAAAUCCUAAUUUAAUAACACAAAUGAAAAUAUGUUUUCCUUUGUAAUGUUCAAAAGGUCCUAAAAGUAGCAAAAAUCCUAUAUCACAGUUUCCGAAUUUACUUACCCACCAAAUUGACCAUAAACAAACAUUUUGUAAACCGAUUUUCCAUAGGUGACUAGAUUAACACAUGACAAAUUUUGUUCCUUGAUAUUAAAGAUCCCCCACACAAACAAAAUAGUAGUAUAUUAAAUAUAAUAGUAUAACAGUGUAGUAGAAACAUUUUUAUAACAGUAUAUUAAAAUAAAACAACUCUAC